AUGCAGUCUCGUGCUAACAAAUCGUAUCAGGAUGUUAUUGUGUCCGUGCUCGAGGCUUCAGCAACGCGGCGAGAGGCAAAAGGCUACCUUCAAAAAUAUGCCUCAAAGCAGCCCAUUUCUUCAGACCUCCCCAGAACCAGUACAAAGGACAGUGAAGCUGCGACGGCCAAGGAGGAUCGCCCUGAGCCUGUCAAUGUUGCUGUUGUUAAACUGCGACUGCCUCAACAACUGUCGUCAGAUGCGCUCUCUGGCACUGCAAAGACGCUGUCACAACUUCGACUGCUUGGCCUCCUGGCCCUGGUGGUCGUGGACUGUGGCUUGGACGCCGAUCGCCGAACCUUUGACGACGAAGCCUUUCGAAUUUGCGAAGCAAUUGACUCUUUUGGCGGUGCAGGUGCUAAACUGGCCGGCCAUGUCUUUGUAAAGUCACAUUCAAACGGCACCUCACCUGUGGCAUCUAAGUUUUGCGGUGAUAUGCUUGUCGAGGACCUGGGCAUGCUGCAUCGAGCGCUUCAACGCGGCAUGAUUGUCGUGAUACCAUCUUUAACUAGGAAAGAUGGGAUAUCUUCACCCACACCUGCUGAAGGGAACGAAACAACGAUUGCUUUAGCCAAAUUUUUGAGCGGUCUGCAGCUAGAUGAUACGAACGGCGACUUAAUAGACGGAGUACCAGUGUAUCGGCGGCCAACAAGGACUGCGUCUGUUGAACGCAUAAUUAUCCUGGACCAAGUUGGCGGAAUUCCAAUGGCUUUCCGGCCCGACAUCUCACACAGGUUCAUAAAUCUUGAGCAAGAGUAUGGAGACCUGAUAGCUAGUCUGAAGACUGCCGAAUGCACAAGCCGCGUUGCGAAUGUUAAGAAUCACAUCGCAAAUUUGAGCUUGGCAAAAGACGCACUCUCGUUUCUACCCCCGACGUCAUCAGCUCUGAUUACUUCGCCUCAUGCGGCUGCCAACACUCAAACGAGCGCCUCAUCAACUUUGCCCAUUCACGCGUUGGGAUACCCGCUCUUUGGGUUUGAUAACAUGGUCACAACCCGAAAGCGAAAGAACCCAUUGCUGCACAACUUGCUGACAGACCGUCCUGCUUUCUCUCCCUCACUGCCCCUCCAAAGAAUUCAAGAAGAGAGGCGUGCAUGUGUACAAAAUGCGGAAUCCGGAUCUGCAACUUUGGUCAAACGGGGAAUGCCAGUAACAGUAUAUCCGGACCCAAAGGUUCAAAGAUGGCUACCCCCUGAACCCAGUUCGCCUCGCCUCCGUCUCACAGACAACUGCAUAGACCUCCCUCGGCUUAUCCACCUUAUUGAAGACUCCUUCAACCGAAAACUUGACGCACAGCACUAUUUGGAACGAGUGAAUGAGAACCUGGCCGGAAUUAUCAUUGCGGGGGAGUACGAGGGCUGCGCAAUCUUGACCUGGGAGCACCCCGAGAGGAUUGACGAGCAAGCUGUAUAUGAUUCAGGCCGAUUUGUUCCAUACCUUGACAAGUUUGCGGUGUUGAAGAACCGUCAGGGUAGCAGUGGAGUUGCUGACAUUGUCUUCAACUCUAUGGUACAGGACUGCUUUCCAAAUGGCAAUCUGCCUUUCGGAAGUGACAAGAUGGAUUUCAAGAGCUUUGGCAAGAACCUCUCCGAUUUUGGAGCGCAAAUCACGCCUUUUGCAUCACGCACUUUUCAGUUAACUAAAGAACAGUUCGGUCAGGCCGAGGAAAAGACUCAGCUCCCACCGGACUAUAUCGACCUUGUAAAGAAGGUAGAUGCCUUGAAGCAGACCCACCAAAAGAUGCUUGCUGUAACUUCGCAUUACUCGAACGAAGCCUACGACUAUCCACCCAACAUCAAGGAGACAUUCCAGGACCUUGGCCGCACUGUCAGUGAGAAGGUUUCCCUUCUUUCUUCCGCAACAACCACUGCAGAGGCACAAGCUGCCCUGGUUGCUCCUCCGAGUGCCAGGCUCCAGCCCAAGACCUUCAGCCAUGCUGUUGCUCGCGCCAGCUUGGCAAGCAGCCAGCUGCUGCACCAGAACCAUACGGGAGCUGGAGAGGAUCAAUUGGCCACUGCACUUGAGAAGUAUGCCAUUGCGAUGGAGAGAGUUGGUGAAAUUCGUCUGGCGCAAGACUCCCGAAUCCAAAGCAGCUUUCUUGCUGGUUGGAACACCACCUUGAACACCAAUCUCAACUUUGCCACGCGUGCAAGAAAAAAUGUCGAGCGAUCGAGGCUUUCUCUUGAUGCUGUCAAGGCUCAUGCUAAGGGAACGACUUUCAAACUCGGUGGACAUGGUGAUUCUCGCCCUGAGCAGCAGGACGAGCAAGAACUGAGCCCCGAGGCCCAAGAAGAGAUUGAGAAAGCAGAGGACGAAUUUGUGACUCAGACUGAAGAAGCUGUCAUUGUCAUGAAAAAUGUUCUUAACUCCCCCGAGCCACUCCGCAACCUCUACGAGCUGAUUGCCGCCCAAAUUGAGUACCACAAGAAGGCAUCCGAAGUCCUCAGCGAACUCGCACCCAUUGUUGAUGGUCUGCAGACGGAACAAGAAGCUAGCUACCGAAAAAGCCGUGAAGAAGGUUUGUAA